AUGCAAGCUAUCAACAAUCACUCGGAGGAUGAUGAUUUUUAUCCCAAUAAUCAGAUGGACUACCAACAUGAUGUUGAUAUGGGGCGGACCGAUUCAAAUGGUGACCCACCAUCAUCUGGAACAGCAUCGCCUGCACCCCAGCACAACAUUGACAAUAUCAAAGUGGAAUACCACCCCAAUAGUGGUAGACCCACCAAAGUGUACCACUUUGAGGACUAUGGACAUGGUCCUGGUGCCCCACCAGUAGUUCCAGAAGCAGAUCCUACACCCUGGCAGCCGUUUCGCACUUGUAUUGACUUUGAGGUUGCGGAACUUGCUCAUGAUGCUGGACUCUCUCAUGAGCAGCUGGAUGGGCUCAUUCACCUCAUCCAUCGCAGCAGGAUUGAGCUCUUUACCCUCAAGAAUUGCAAAGAUGUAAGAGACACAUGGGACACAGCGUCAUUCAAGAUGACACCUUUUACAAAGGAGGAAGUGAUUGUGCCCUUCCGAGGUGUUGAUCAAACAUUUUUGCUAUUUCAUCAUUCACUGUGGGACUGGGUCACCAAUUUACUUCAAGAUCCACAAGUAGGUCCGAACUUUGUCUUCAAUGCGCCAAGGCUGUCAAAGUUCAACGGCAAGAAGUUUGUUCAAUUCAUUCAUGAACCAUGGACCACUAAUGCAAUCUGGGAGUAUCAGUCAAAAAUCCCACCAGAUGCAAAACCUCUUGCUUUCAUUUUAUAUGCCAACAAAGCAAAAGUGUCAUCAUACGUCACUCGCUGUGCUAAUCUUCCUAUUGCGAUUCACAAUGGAGAAGGCUUGGGUGGGGGGCACGUUGUUGGUUGGCUGCCUAUUGUAAAGGAAGAUAAGAAACAUUCAGGAAAGCCCGCCUUUGUCAACUUCAAGAAUGUGGUAUGGCAUGCCUCGUUUAUGAAGAUUCUUGACUGUCUGGUGCCACUAUCGAGGUUUGGUUCUUCCGUAAAAUGCUGGGAUGAUCUUAUUCGUGUCUUCUAUCCAAUUGUACUAAUACUAUCUGCAGACUAUGAAGAACAGGCUGUAAUGGCAUUGAUUCAUGGUUUGAUGGGCAAAUUUCCUUGUCCUAUCUGUCUAGUACCUUGUGAUGAGCUUUCAAAUACUCUCAAGAGUUCAUUUGGCAUUCUGGAGCACACCGACGUUCACAGGGCUCUAUCGCAUGAUAAACUCCACUUCAAUGACAAGAGAUUGUUCAGUGAUCACAACUUUCAAUCAAUUCCGCAUUGGCGAAACCUGAAUCACUUUGAUCAGGUUAUACCAGUAUCGUUCUCUGAUGGAACAAAAUAUGAAGACAUCUCUAAGCUUAUUGUAGUUGCAGCGCAUAAUGUAUUUGACCAUGAUACGGAUCCAGAGGCAUAUCUCCUGCUCUGCUGUAUCCGAAACUAUGUAGAGUUUAAUAUGUAUGCUUCGUUAGAAGUCCAUACUGAAGAUACCAUCAAAAAUGGCCGGGAAGCAUUGUCAAAGCUCACUGAAUUGAUGGAUAAAUACAUUGAGGAUACAGCAGAGAUUUCCAAGAAGUCCUGGAAUUUCCUCAAGAAACAUCUUUCUGCCCAUCUCUUUGAUGAUAUUGAGGCAAAAGGUCCGAAUAAGAAAAUGCAUGGCCCAUUGAAAGAUGCCUAUCAAGAUCGUACAAAUUCCAAAAACUUCGCUGAACAGCAGGUGGCAAUGUCAUUCACACACAUCGAGGCAGGUAGUCAGGGUAAUCCAGCAUUUGAGAGAUUUCGGAUCAAGCUAAACGACUUUCUGAACUGUGCGUUUGCUGCCAACAGCAUACCGGACGACAGAUUCAACUCGCUGCGAAUCUCGCUUGUUGACUGGCAAACCGACACUGGCAUCAUCUUUGGCAAACUAGUGUUGAUUUUCACCUGCACAGUAGGGGAUGUUCAAUAUCCUGUCACACUUAGAAAGCCUAGGGCUUCUGCAGAGUUUUUCUCAGUUCACUCAAUUGUUCAGGGUUGUAUGAUAGUAGAGGAUGUCAGCAGACCUGACAAGUUUUUAAUUGUUGACACUAUUGAUACAGAUAUGUUCCUUCAAAUGCAGGACAUCCGCAGCCAGUGA